UCUGCGUUCGAGAGGAUUUUAUGUUUUUAAACCUAGUGUCGUGAUAUCUUCUAGUGAAUUAGAUGUAACCAUGUAACUUCAAUAAUAUUUAAACAAGACUCUAUCUCUAAAAUAAUAAAACGGACAGCUUUUUUCUUUCGAGUUUCAAAAAUAUCCAAAUACUUUGUGAUCCUCGUAGCUUUGUACAAGACAUUAGCUCUUUUUGAUUUGUCCAAAGACAGAUUCAGAGGAUUACUGUUCGCUCUGCUAGGUGUCGCGAAUAGAGCUAAGAAUAGAGCAAGCGUACUCUUACGAUAAACAAAAGUAUGAGAGGAGAGAUGAAAAGAUGCCUCUUGAAUUUAUUCAGAGAGUUACAUUCUUUUUAUACGAUUAUUGUUCUUUAUAUUCAGUCAACGUAAACAGGACAUGGGAUGAUACAGACAUGCCCAACGUAUAGCCUAAAUACGAGGCUUCAAAUGAUCAAUGGAAGCCUCCUCUGCUGUUCGACUCUCAACAUCCUACGACUCAGGCUUUCACUUUGCAAAUGUCAAUUUUUCUCCUUUCUGAUGCCCGAUGACACAAAGUCUAUAUUUUCGGUAAAAAAGAUCGACGGAAACCGGACAGUACGCUGAUCAAGAAAAGAAAGCCAACUAUUUCAGGUACAAGUAACAAAGAAUAUAUUGUAGAUCCUCCCAUCCCAGGUCUUCUUCUUUGUUUGUUGCAGCUAUACCCGUAUCAGACACGUCGUUACUGUGUUAUAGGCCAUAUACACGCUCUCCUUUCCUAAGAAGGCAUAUAUAUUUACGGGAUUUAUGGCUCUUCUAUACCCAGC